AUGGCAGACCCUCUGGUUGUGAUUUACGGGUCCACGGGCACCGGCAAGUCUGAUCUUGCCGUGGAACUAGCCACCCGAUUCAAUGGCGAAAUCAUCAACGCCGACGCCAUGCAAAUGUAUCGAGGCCUACCCAUCAUCACCAACCAGCUCACCCCCGAAGAGCAGCGCGGCAUCCCCCACUACCUUCUCGGCAACAUUGGACUCGACGAGGACCCAUGGUCUGUCACCAGUUGGAAGCGCGAAGCAACGAGGAUUAUAUCGGAUAUUAGGUCGAGGGGGAAGCUGCCUAUCGUAGUAGGAGGAACUUCAUACUACCUUGACGGCCUGCUGUUUGACGAGAAGCUGGUCGAGUCGGAUCCUGCGACAACCGAAGGAUCAGAGGCAGCCGCCAAGAUUACACGAGAAGAACUCGCAAGCCAACAUCCAAUUCUUCGCGAGUCCGCCGAGGUCAUGCUGGCCAAGCUACAAGAAGUCGACCCCGUAAUGGCCGAGCGCUGGCACCCAAAAGACAUUCGCAAGAUUCGCAACUCGCUCGAGAUUUACCUUACCACUGGCCGUCGUGCCUCCGACAUUUAUGCUGAACAGCGCGCUCGGAAAGAAGCGAAGCGCGCAGAUCAACCACCGAGUCCCUGGAACUUGCUCCUAUUCUGGCUCUACGCCAAGCCGGAUGUGCUUAACGAGCGCCUUGACAAGCGUGUAGACAAAAUGGUGGCCAAUGGCCUCCUGGACGAAACAUCAUCAGUUCACGACUAUUUACAGCAUCGGCUUGCGGCCGGUGACACUGUCGACCGCACCAAGGGCAUCUGGCAGUCCAUCGGGUUCCGUCAAUUCGAAACUUACCUAUCAGCCGUCAAGUCUACCGAAACCGACACUCCACAAGCCGCACUGGAAAAACUCAAGCAACAAGGAAUCGAGGACACCAAAACAGCAACCCGCCAGUACGCAAAAUACCAAAUCAGGUGGAUCGCUCGAAAGACCAUUGCAGCCCUUCAGGAAGAGAACCUUCUGUCCAAAUUCUAUCUUCUGGACUCGUCCAACAUUUCCCAAUGGCACUCUGAAGUAGCCGAAAAGGGAAGCUCUCUUCUAGCCAAACACCUUGCCGAUCAGCCGCUACCGCGACCAGAAGAGUUGUCGGACACUGCAAGAGAGGUGCUGGCCGAGCAGUUGGAAAGGAGCAACCGACCCGAGACGAUAUGCAACAAGACAUGUGAGGUGUGCGAGAAGGAGUUUAGAAUCGAAGAACAGUGGCAGAAGCACCUCAAGAGCAAGAAGCACCAGAAGGCAGUCAAGUGGGCAAAGAGGCAGGCAGAGGGGUGGCCGACCAGGGGAGAGGGGAAGGGUGAUAAAGUGGAAGGAACAGACGACGAUGCCGAUGCUGAUGCCGAUGCUGAUGGGCAGGUCCCAAAGCCCUAG